AUGUUUAUCGAGAACAAAGGGGUACAAUCGAUAAUUCCCAAACUUUAGCUCCACUUUCGACCCGAAAAGGCCCAAUCAAAGAUCCGACAACCGGAUAACACUAUUAUACACACACCAAAAAUAUCAAAAAAUUGAUAAAAUAAAAUUGCAAAAAAUCCACCACGCUUUGAAGAAGGCACAUUGAUAUCUUGAGGAUUUUGUACAAUGGAAAGUUUUGUAGCUGCAGAAAAUGAUAGUAAAUCCCCAGAGGAAGAUGUGAAGGAAAGGUGUUGGGACCAAAGAGAGGCGCUGCCGGGGGAGCCACGAUGUGUCAUAUGUGGCCGCUAUGGUGAGUACAUUUUCGAUGAGACUGAUGAUGAUAUUUGCAGCUUGGAAUGCAAAGGUAUAUUGUUGUCGCGGCUUGCAAAAUCACGGCAACCAACUGUUCGUCCAUGUCCGGUGAAGUUACCAGCAACUGAUGAGUGCUAUUAUGUUAGGGAUAAUGAUAAAUCUGAAGUGAGUUCACUAACAACUGAUCAGACUGAACUUCUGAGAAGGAAACUUGAUAUUGUUGUGAAGGGAGACACUACCCCACCUCCUAUCUUGUCAUUUGCUUCUUGCAAGCUGCCUCGGAAGCUUCUCGAGAAUAUUGAAGUUGCUGGUUAUGAAAUGCCAACUCCUGUUCAAAUGCAAGCAAUCCCUGCUGCUUUAGCACGGCAAAGCUUGCUUGUUUCAGCGGAGACUGGUUCUGGUAAAACUGGUUCUUUUCUAAUUCCUAUAGUUUCUCAAUGUGCAAAAUUCAAUGAAGAGCAUUUCCAAAGCCAGCAACAACCAUUAGCUAUGGUUCUCACACCUACUAGAGAACUCUGCAUACAGGUAGAGGAUCAAGCUAAGGUGCUUGGGAAGGGUUUGCCAUUCAAAACUGCAUUGGUGGUUGGUGGUGAUGCCAUGGCAGGACAGCUCCACCGCAUCCAGAAGGGAGUAUCUUUAAUUGUGGGAACUCCUGGAAGGCUUAUUGACCUUCUAACAAAACACGAGAUUGAACUGGAUACUAUUUCAAUUCUUGUUCUUGAUGAAGUUGAUUGCAUGCUCCAAAGAGGUUUCCGUGAACAGGUGAUGCAGAUUUUUACAGCUCUGUCUCAACCUCAAGUGUUAAUGUAUUCCGCAACAAUUCCUAAAGAAGUAGAGAGGAUGGCAAGCUCAAUGGCCAAAAAGGUUACUGCCAUCUCUGUUGGGAAGCCAAAUAAACCUAAUCAGGCUGUCAAGCAGUUAGCUAUUUGGGUAGACUCGAAGAGGAAGAAGCAAAAGCUUUUCGAUAUUUUGAUGAGCAAGCAGCAUUACAAGCCACCAGUUAUUGUAUUUGUGGGUUCUAGACUCGGGGCAGAUCUCCUUUCUGAAGCAAUAACAGUAAGUACUGGGCUAAAAGCAUCAUCAAUUCAUGGUGAGAAAUCCAUGAAGGAUAGGAGAGAAACUAUAAGGUCAUUUCUAGUUGGAGAAAUACCAGUUAUAGUGGCCACAGGGGUGUUGGGUCGAGGAAUCGAUCUGUUGACUGUGAAACAGGUAAUUGUGUUUGAUAUGCCAAAUUCCAUCAAGGAGUAUGUGCACCAGGUUGGAAGGGCAUCUAGAAUGGGGGAGGAAGGUACAUCAAUCGUCUUUGUGAAUGAAGAGGAUAAGAAAUUGUUUCCCGAGUUGGUUGAAGCUCUCAAAUCAUCUGGUGCUGCAAUUCCCCGAGAGCUUGCAAAUUCACGGUAUUCUGUUGGCUCUUUCUCUGCUGGAAGAGGUCAGAAAAAACGAAAACAUGGUUUCUGAAGAUGUUGGUCUCCCUUCCUCUUCCUUAACAUAAAGCUCCGUGCUAAGAAUUAAGAUAUAUAUUCUCUAAAACUCUCCUCUACUGCAAAUGAUCUACCAUUACUCCCAACUGCUUCUUGGACCUGGCGGUCAAACUUUAUUGCUUAGAAAUCAGACCUCCUUUGAUGUUCACAAGUUCUCUCAGGCAGCUGGAUUCUGUCAGAGACACGCAGUAUGUAGGUAUACAGUGUAGUGUUUGCAUUAUCUUACACGUGAUGAUUCUUCUUGUGCUAAAAGGAGAUUCUUCUCAUUUGAAAAGAUCUGCUGAACUGAAAACCAGCUCUGGGUUCGCUUCUCAAAACUGUAGCACCCAUGGCUCGCGAUAUUGAGGGAAUGCUGCAGUUGCUACUCAUCCUUGAGUUGCUUUUAUCAGUCUUAAAAGUCUAAAGGCAUAUAAAGAAUGGGCGAUGCUUGGCUGUAUUUGCGGUUGGACUGGUAAGCAUUCACCUUAGUCAUUAACUGCUCAUUGUAAGUUUGCUUGUCUAGCAUAGAUGUCAUAACGGUUUUUGUGAUAUAAAUACUAUUUGCUAAUUUUUUCUCGACUUCUUUUCCUCAGUCAGUAUAUCCCGUUCUAUCCACGACUUUGCACAGUUUUGCAUCACAGGGUAGAGACUCCUUUGCUGUUUUUGGAUUAAAAGAAUCCUGAUAAGACAAGACUGCCAGAGGUGCUUAAUUGUGCGGGUUAAUCAGCAGACUGUAAAUCCCUGAUAAAUGAACAAAGUUACCUAUACUUGAUGCUAUGAAAAGACUUUUUGUCUUGAUCCUUUAUAAGAAGCAGCAUCAAAAGAAAAUGCCUCACCAUUAAAUAACUGUGAAAGAUCCUUCAGAGAGAAUGAGUGAAAGCUUCAACAAAUUGUAUUACAUCCCGGUUGUACUGGAUUUGGGACUUAAAUAGACCUCAUAAAGCUCAUGGAUAAAUUUCUGCAACUUGCGGCUAAAUGAGCUUGAUAUCUUGCAAAGCGUGAGAUAUUAAAUCUUAAGCCAGGUGCCAGAUCUUCAUCCAUUUCUUCCAAAUAAUUUUGGUAAAAGAUCCAUUACUUUCAUUGAAGGGUUUGUUAUCAUCAAGUUUUGAACAUUAGUUCAUUUGCUACUUAUGUUUUGUGGACGAAAAGGAUAAGAUCUGGCAUCUGGCUUGAAACUUAAGAUCUUUAAUGUUUUGCAAGAUGUCAAUACCCUAUAAGCCGCGAGUAGCAGUAAUGUAUACCAGAGGUAUAAUGCUUUUAGUCAAAUCGCAAACCUUGUACAACUGAGUUGUUAAGGGAUUUGUUGAGUCAUUUUCUCUUGAAGGAUCUGUCAGAGUUAUAAAUGGUGAGACAUGUUCUUUGAUGCUUCCCUUUAUAUAGGAUCGAUUCGAAGGACUCUUCCGAUCAUCAACAGAAUCGAUAAAUUUGCUCAUUUAUCCGCCGCAUAAUUUAUGUCAACCAGGGAAAAUUGAGUUAUGCAUUUAUAAGGCGUAGAGUCCUCGAUUCCUAAGAAUGAUAUUCUGGUGGUUUCAGUAACUUUGUUAUAGGGAACAAAGAUUUAUGCUCUGAAACACCAUGCAUUUGUAAUUAUUGUUCUUUUCCCUUUCUAAAUUGAACCAUAGUACUGUAUAAAUGUGGAAAACAUUGCUAAGGUGCUUUUAGUUCAUGAACAGUGUGGCAAUGUUCUAAUACAGAAAAAUGACCAUGACCAAAAUACUUGCAGCUACAUUCCCUUCAUGUAUAGGUUAUUUCUUUUGGUAACAACUGAAUUCUAUUACCAGUAAAGAUAUGUACAGCUCAUUACAAAACUUGGGCCAAAACAACCAUCAUCUGCCUCCUAACAAGCCUAGGUGUCCUGCUACAUCGAAAACUAUCUUCCUGUAUGAUCAACCUUGUGCCUCUUAUCUUGGAACACCCUUGCAUUCCUCUUUUGUCACAUGUGGUACACGGUUAAAACCUACAUGCACCCGGUGUAUACACCAAGCCAAUACAUGCAUGCCGUGUUCUGCAAUGCCCAUUGCAUUCCCUUACUCCUCUUGCUAAAGCUUGCCAUCAUUGUGUGAGUAGGUUGCUGACCUGCGUGGGCAUGUGCCCCAAUUUGCUGAAAUGGGUCACUUUUGGGCCCAUAAUGUAACAUGUAGUCCUAUGCUAUAAAUAUAAAUAUGAGUUUCUCUUUCAUUUUUAGAUCAA